CUUCUUUAUUUAAAAUAGUUUGGGAGUCAAGUUUUAUGUGAUUUGGAUUCUAUAUUUGUUUCAGUUUUAGAAUAGGAAAGUAGGUUAUUUCCAAGUCUUUAAAUAGAGUUUUGUACCCAAAGAUGGGACUGGAUUUUUGAAGAAUGGAUGGAUGUUUGCCUGAUUAAACUAUGGCUGCUGUGAGGCUUGCGUAGCCCUCCCUCCUUUUAUCUUCUUCUUCUUCUUUUGAAUUCUUCCUUAUUUUCCUGCUGUACUUUCCCUUUAUCUGGAACUACUCUGUUUAUGGUGACAGUUGCAGCCCUACGCAAGCUAAUCGAUCUCCUUUGUGGUUGACCUGCUCAGGCUGAGGCUUUGGUCGAAGGCUUUCCUCGCUUGGGCGACCCUAGCCCUCACUUCUCACCGCUAACAACUCGACCUGUUGAAAUAUUCAACCUAUUUCCACAUCUGAAACCCUAACUACUGACAGUUUCAGUUGCAGGAGCCUUCCCUAGCCUCAUAUCUGCCUUCCUGGUAUGAUUAAUGCUUGCAUCUGAUAGGGACAUGAGUUACAAACUUGCUCUUCCAAUUUCAGCCUGGUUGGGUGUUUGAUAGUUGAAUUUCAUCACCUGGAUCUGAGAGACAUCCACCGCUGGUUCGAUUUCAGCAUCUGUACAUCAUUCAUAAAAAGAGACUCCCUGGAAAAUUGUAGGUGCUUCAAACAUCAAUAAAUGCCUUCCGGGAUCAUGAUUGCCAUAACACCCACACAAUUUAUUUGUUGAAAGUUUCUCAGUGGGAUUUAUGCGUUUGCAAUACCAAGGAUACCUACAUUUGGGGAGCAUAAAUUUUCCGCGGAUGGUAUGAGCAGAAGCUUUUGUAUCACCAAAUAACUGUAUCGUUUCAUAUUGGUGGAUUUAUGGCCAACAAUUCUCUAGUUCUGGCCGACAAUUCUCUAGUUUUGGCUGACAAUUCUCUACUUCUGGCUGACAAUUCUCUAGUUGCAAAUUCUCUAGUUGCGACUGAUAAUUCCUUGGUUAUUGGACAAGAAUUCCCUGAUGUUGAAACUUGCAGAAGAACUUUAAAAGAGAUUGCUAUUGCUUUGCAUUUUGAUCUUCGAAUAGUAAAAUCGGAUCGAAGUCGGUUUAUUGCCAAGUGCUCGAAGGAAGGAUGUCCAUGGCGUGUCCAUGUGGCUAAGUGUCCAGGUGUUUCAACCUUUACAAUUAGAACCUUACAUGGAGAGCACACUUGUGAAGGAGUUCGCAACCUUCACCAUCAGCAGGCAUCAGUAGGUUGGGUUGCCAGAUCUGUAGAGGCACGGCUUCGAGAUAAUCCACAAUACAAACCAAAGGAAAUAUUGCAUGACAUACGUGAACAGCAUGGAGUUGCUGUGUCUUAUAUGCAAGCUUGGCGUGGGAAGGAACGUAGCAUGGCUGCGGUUCAUGGAACUUUUGAAGAAGGAUAUCGCCUACUUCCUGCAUACUGUGAGCAAAUCAGAAAGACAAACCCAGGAAGUAUUGCAUCAGUAUUUGCCACUGGGCAGGAAAACUGCUUCCAGCGCCUCUUUGUUUCCUAUCGUGCAUCAAUCUAUGGCUUUAUUAAUGCAUGUAGGCCACUUUUGGAGCUUGACAGAGCACAUUUGAAAGGAAAAUACCUGGGAACUUUAUUUUGUGCUUCUGCUGUUGAUGCUGAUGAUGCAUUAUUUCCAUUGGCAUUUGCUAUUGUUGAUAUGGAGAGUGAUGAGAAUUGGAUGUGGUUCUUGUCUGAGUUGCGGAAGCUUCUUGGAGUAAACACAGAGAACAUGCCCAGACUUACAAUAUUGUCUGACAGAUCAAAAGGCAUCGUAGAAGCUGUGGAGACGCAUUUUCCAAGUGCUUUCCAUGGGUUUUGUCUGCGUUAUGUUAGUGAAAAUUUCCGUGAUGAAUUUAAGAACACAAAGUUGGUGAACAUAUUCUGGAACGCUGUUUAUGCCUUGACAGCUGUUGAAUUUGAAGCCAAAAUCACUGAGAUGGUAGAGAUUUCACGGGAUGUCUUGCAAUGGUUUCAGCGCUUCCCACCUCGCCUUUGGGCUGUAGCAUAUUUUGAGGGUGUGCGAUAUGGCCACUUUACCUUGGGUAUCACAGAGUUGUUGUACAACUGGGCACUUGAGGGUCAUGAACUCCCUAUUGUGCAAAUGAUGGAGUUUAUUCGUCAUCAGCUGACAUCUUGGUUUGAUGAUCAUCGUAACAGGAGCGUAGGGUGGACUUCAGUUUUAGUGCCUUCUGCUGAGAAGCGCAUUCACGAAGCGAUUGCAGAUGCUCGUUGCUAUCAGGUGCUUCGUGCAAAUGAGGUCGAGUUCGAGAUUGUGUCAACUGAGCGGACAAACAUUGUGGACAUACGCAGCCGCCACUGUUCAUGUCGCCGCUGGCAGAUCUAUGGUUUACCUUGUGCACAUGCUGUUGCUGCACUGAUCUCUUGUGGGCAAAAUGCCCAUGUAUUCGUAGAGCAUUGUUUUACAGUGACCAGCUAUCGUGACGCCUAUUCACAGAUGAUUAAUCCAAUUCCAGAUAAAAGCCAAUGGAGAGAGCCUGGUGAAGGAGCAGAUGGUGGAGGUGCUAAAGCUGAUAUCACAAUACGCCCUCCUAAGACUCGUCGACCACCUGGCCGGCCCAAAAAGAAAGUGCUCCGUAUAGAGAGUUUUAAGCGCCCAAAGAGGAUUGUUCAAUGUGGUCGUUGUCAUAUGUUAGGACAUUCUCAAAAGAAAUGCACAAUGCAAGUUUGAUAUUAUAUUUGAAAUUAGCUUUAGGUGAGUCUAUUUAUUAUCUUUAAUGUCAAAUAGAAGUAAUGGUGUGCCCCUGUAAUUUUAGUGGUAUUUUAUUUAUUUUAUCAUAAUUAAAGUGUUUAUUCCCCCAUUAGGCAA